AUGGCUAAAGAAAUCGAGACGAAGAAGCGCAAAGCUUCCGUACCAGAAAGCGGGGCAGAGAAACUAAAGGUUAAGAAGGUUAAGAAGAUCGUCGAGCCUGUCGAGCCUGUCGAGCCUACUCCUGUUGCAGUCAAGAAGCGCAAAGCAGCAGUUGAGAGCGCCGAUGUUCCUGAGGUCAAAAAGUCGAAGAAGGUUGCCAAAUCAACUCCAGCGCCAGAAAAAAUCACCACGAAAAAAGUCACCAAAACUGUCACACCCGUCGAAGCCACAGACGUCGAAUCGCUACCCAAGAAAGUAACCAAAAAGGUUACUCGCGUCACCAAGACAGUGAUCGAGCCGGAGCAAGAAGGCGAAGCUGAAGAUGCUGGAGGAGACGAAGAAGAUUCCGAGGUAGACGACCAAACACAGGCCCUACUUAAAGGAUUCGAAAGCGAAGACGAAGGCGAAGAUGAGUCGAGUGGUGAGGGUUUAGAAGAAGGCGCACCCGUACCCGAGAUCAAGGUUACCAAGGCGCAAAAGAAAGCCCUUAAGAAAGCAAAUGAAGAGGCAAAGGGCGACAAGCCAGGUGUUGUCUAUGUCGGUCGCGUACCUCAUGGUUUCUAUGAACACGAAAUGAGAGAGUAUUUCGGACAAUUUGGUACUAUCCUGAAGCUUCGUCUCUCGCGAAACAAGGCGACCGGGGCAAGCAAACACUACGCUUUUAUUCAAUUUGCAUCGUCCGUGGUUGCUGAAAUUGUGGCUAAGACUAUGGACAACUAUCUGAUGUUCAAUCAUAUCAUGAAGGUCAAAUUAGUGGCUGAGGAAGCAGUACCAGCAGAUCUCUGGAAAGGUGCAGGAACCCGAUUCAAAAAAAUCCCGAGAAAUAGAAUCGAAGGCAGAAAACUCAAGCUACCUGCGACCGAACAAAUGUGGGACGAGCGGGCAGAGAAGCUGCAAGCUAAGAGAGCUGCAAAGGCUACCAAGCUCAAGGAGAUUGGCUAUGAGUUCGAGCUACCAGAAAUUAAAUCUGCGAAGGGUCUUGCGAAAAAGAGUGAAGCUCCAGCUGCGAUCGAGGCACCAGAGACCGAGACAAAAGCUAUUGAGGAUGCGCCAGCCGCCACAGAACCAACAGAGGCUAUCGAAGACGUUCCAGCAGCCGCGAAAUCAAAAAAGUCCAAAAAGAAAGGAAAGGCUGCGACGACCGAGGCUGAAUCCGAAGAGACUCCUGCGAUAGCGGCAGAGACAACGGUCGCAAAGAAAGCUUCCAAAUCCAAGAAGACAAAGGAGCCUGAGCCUGAGAUCGUAGAGGAGGUCAAGACCGUUACAGAGGUUACAGAAGUUACAGUUGAAAAGGUCAAAAAGCCAAGAAAGGCGAAAAAGACUGCUUGA